UUUACCUCUGCACGUGCCAGGACCUGACCCUCAGGCCCAGAAUGUUCCUUCUGCUGACAGCACUUCAGGUCUUGGCUGUAGGCCUGGCAAGGAGCCAAGAGGAUGACAACAAGAUCAUCGGUGGCUACACGUGCAUCCAGAACUCGCAGCCGUGGCAGGCCGCRCUGCUGGCCGGUGCCGGGCGCCGCUUUUUCUGCGGAGGGAUCCUGUUGUCCGACCGCUGGGUCAUCACUGCCGCGCACUGUGCCCGCCCGAUCCUUCAGGUGUCCCUGGGCAAGCACAACCUGAGGAGGUGGGAGGCUACCCAGCAGGUGCUGCGCGUGACGCGCCAGGUGCCACACCCUGGCUACCGCUCCCGGACCCACGAGAAUGACCUGAUGCUGCUGAGGCUAGAGAAGCCCGCCAGGCUCGGGAGGGCAGUGAGGCCCAUCGCCGUGGCCCAGUCCUGCGCCAGCCCUGGGACUUCCUGCCGUGUGUCAGGCUGGGGCACCACCUCCAGCCCCGUGGUCAGGUACCCCACGGUGCUGCAGUGCGUGAACGUGGACAUCUCCUCAGACCAGCAGUGCCGGAAGGCCUACCCCGGAGCCAUCACCUCGGGCAUGGUGUGUGCCGGGGUCCCCCAGGGCGGGAAGGACUCCUGUCAGGGUGACUCUGGGGGACCCCUGGUAUGUGGAGGACAGCUCCAGGGCCUCGUGUCCUGGGGGAUGGAGCACUGCGGCCAGCCCGGGUACCCAGGUGUCUACACCAACCUCUGCAAGUACCAAAACUGGAUCCGGGAAACGAUUCGGGGCGGUUGA